AUGUUGAUUAAAGGUCCUGAUGUCUUAAAUCCGAUCAGAGCCGUUCUCCUGAGGUUCCGAGCUGGUGUCUUAGCUGCCCUUGGUGACAUCCAAAAAAUUUACAACUCUGUGUGGUUAGAAGAGAAAGAGGUUCAUCUGCACAGGUUUUUGUGGCGUGACAGUGAGGAUGCUGAAGUAGAAGAUUUUGCCAUAAUAAGGGUCAAUAUCGGAGAUAAACCUGCUGGCUGUAUAGCACAAGUUGCUAUGCGGGAGACUGCCAGCCUACCCCCAUUCACACAAUUCAUAGAAGAGAAACGUGUGCUGGAAGAAGACGUCUAUGUCGAUGACAUCUUGACAUCUCAUAACAACCUUGACCACCUGAAACUCCUUACAUCCAACAUUGAGCAGAUCCUUAAAGCUGGAGGAUUUUUCAUGAAGCCCUGGGUCUACUCUAGUCAAAGUGAGAGGCAGGAGUCAAGAGAAGGUAACAUGGAGAUAAAGACUAUGAUCUUGCCUAACCAGCUCACUAAAAAAGAUAACAAAGCCCUCGGUCUGGGCUACACGGUUGAAGAUGGCAAGCUGCAUGUCAUGGUUGCAGUGAACUUUUCCAAAAGGAAGAAGAAAAUGCGCCUUGGUCAGGACCUGCUAAGAGAAGAGGUAAAAGGACAAACCCCAAAUCCUCUUACCAGAAGAGAGCUGUUAAGUCAAGUCUCUGCUCUCUAUGAUCCACUCGGCCUUGUGACUCCUGCAAAGCAGAAAGGAGCAAUUCUGGUUCGAAGGGCUUUUCAGGAAGCAAAGCAAAUGUAUUGCGCAAAAGAUACAUGGGAUGCUGCUCUAUCCGAAGAACUCAGAGAGGAUGCCGUAAAGCUGCUAGAAGAAUAUGCUGACCUGAGCCAACUCAGAUUCAUCAGAUCCCUGACACCACCAGACCCAUAUGCAGGUCCAAUUGGCAUCACAUUUUCUGAUGGCAGUGAGCAAUGCAUAUGGUGCUGUGUUGUACCUGCAUUGGGAAUGCACUGAUGGUGUCAGUGUGAGGUUGGUUGAGUCUAAGGCCAAGCUCACUCCUCUUAACCGUAAUGGUGACCCUGUGAAAGCGGAGAUAUGUGGAGCAGUCUUUGCAGCCCGGCUAAAGACUUAUUUCCAGAAACAUUGCCAAAUCAAAGUUGAGAAGUGGUUCCAUCUCGUUGACAGUCAAACUGUCUUGGGUGCAAUACAGUGAGAGAGUUAUGGAUAUCAGACCUUCUUUGCUAACCGGGUUGGAGAGAUCCAGAGCAGCACUAAUGUCCAAGACUGGUGGUGGAUUCCAGGAUCAGCAAAUAUUGCAGAUGUUAUCACCAGAGGAGCAAGUCCUGCUUACUUAACCGAAGACUCAGAGUGGCAGUUGGGUGCAAGUUUCCUUCAACUUCCUGAAAGUGAGUGGCCAAAGAAAUCUGCAAAUGAUGUCGCCGAGCAAGCAAGAGACAAUGUUAUAAAAAUACAGAAGAAAACAUUUGUUGCUGUACUUACCCGAAGCCAGCAGAAAGAACAAAAUCCAAUCAGUCCAACAUAAAUUGAUCAUCUCGAGGAGGCCACCUGCAGCUGCAGUAGUCCAGCAACUAGAGGACGUGAAGGACUUCAGCAGUUUGAGGAAGCUAAUAGGAGUAGUUGCAUGGAUUUGGAGAGCAGCAAAAAAGUUCCUGCAUGUCAAGGUCACACAUAAAGAAAAGUGGGAGGUGGUCCCUUUAUCUGGUGUCAUUACAGUCGGCGAAAGAGAAGAUGUGUUCAGAGAUCUAUGCCUGGCAGCACAAGAAGGUGUACAAUUUCCAACCACAACGACUGAUAGACUGGUUGUCUACAAAGAUGGAAAAAGCGGGCUCUUGAUGUGUGGUGGCAGAGUUCAGACUUUUAAGGAGGACCACAGAGCCGUUCCUCUGUUGCCUUUCCAAUCUUGGAUCUCCACCCUUCUAGCUCGAGCAGCACAUAGUGAAGGACAUGAUGAAGUGGCAGGAACUUUGUUAUGUAUGCGGAAGAAAGCAUGGGUCAUCAGAGGACAAAUCAUUGCCAGAAAAGUUGUCGAUGAGUGUGUAUUGUGCAAAAAGGUGAGAGGAAAACCUGUCUGCAAAUAAUGGGGGAUCUGCCUGAAGAAAGGUCUAGUCCAAGUGCACCAUUUCAGUUCAUAUCUGUUGAUUUGUUUGGCCCUUACCAAGUGAAAGAUGACGUCAAGAAAAGAGUAAGCAUGAAAGUUUGAGGUGUGUUGUUCUGCUGUAUGUCAAGUAGAGCCAUUCAUAUUGAACUGGCAAACACACUAUCUACAGAGAGCUUCAUACUUGCCUACCAGCGGUUUACGUCCAUCAGAGGUCAUCCCCAGAAGGUGUGGUCUGACCCAGGUACAAACUUUAUUGGGGCAAAACCCAUUCUGCAAGAAAUGUAUGCUUACCUGAGUCAGCAAGACAAAUUCUCAUUUGAAGAGUAUGCUGCAAAAAAUGGGAUUCACUGGACAUGGAAAAUUCUUCCAGCCGAUUCACCACAUCGCAACGGCGCAGCUGAAGCUGCUGUCAAGAUCAUUAAAAGAGCGUUUCAAAGUCUUGGCAGAGUGAAAGGCUUUACCUUUAGUGAGUUUCUUAUGACGGUUAAGAUAGCUGCCAAUCUAGCCAACGAAAGACCUAUUGAUACUAGAGUACAGAGCCAUGAAGAUCGAAUCCAGUACAUCACUCCAAACACCCUGUUGCUUGGUCGAGCUACACAAAGUGGAGAUUUCAAGACAUUUGACUAUACCACUUAUCCUUUUAAAAGGCUCAGAGAAAUACAAACUCAAGUUGACUACUUUUGGAGGUCCUGGAGUCAACUUGCAGGUCCCAACUUGUUUGUCCGUGGCAAGUGGCAUACUGCUGAAGGAAAUGUUGCUAUUGGUGAUGUGGUCUGGCUCUGCGACCAAAAUGCGCUAAGGGGGCAAUUCAAGAUGGGUAGAGUUGUUGCUGUGAAUCCUGAUUGCAAGGGCAUAGUCCGGGAUGUUUAUGUGAAUGUGUCUCCAAGUGGGUAUAGUUCGGGAAAUACACCAAAACCUCCUGAGAAAUGUUCUGGAUUGGUGAAGGAGGUUCAGGCAUCAUACUCCAUCGGGACGUCCGGCGCCUUGUAGUGCUCAUCCCACCAGAAGACCAAGUAGAGGGAACCAGCUCGCUUAAAGGAGAAAAAUGCGAUCUUCCCAGUGAGGACAUGGAGUUCAUACCCAAACUGCUGAAGUGGAAGGGUCUUUCAGAAGGUCAAAUCACAGAAGUUCUGGAUGCUUUACCUGGAAGUUCACCCAAACCCAAGUCUAAACCCUCAUUUUUGCGUUCCUGUUUGUCAAGAAAAAUCCGAGAUCAUCCCACUUGCCCAUGCUGGAUAUUUUAGUUAACAGUAACAACAAAUAAAGGUACCUAUAAAAUAAGUCACACCAAUCACAUCUAGAUCCAACAGUAGACCCAGACUGCAAUAAAAUAAAUCUGGUUGUGUGUGUUGUUUUUGUCUCCUGCAAACUUAGCUUUAAUUAUACUUAUUUUUUUUAUAUAUCUAAUCAUAAGAAAUCAUAGACAGAGAGAGAGAGAUGAGACAGGAAGAGCGGGUUUCCUGGAAAAAGAGGAAGUAAGUUUCCAGCUUGCAGCUGUAUAAAAAUAGCUGAGACCAGUCCUUGUUUAAAAGCAUAAAAGUUUCAAAGGAUAAAAUCUAAACAUUUUGAGUAAUUAGAUAAGAUUUAAAGUAAAGUACUUAUAUUAAUAUUGGUUUACUUAUAACAAUACUUACUGAUAUUUGUGGAAAAACGUACAAGUAAAACAAGUAACUGUAACUUUGGUAUCAAAUAAGAAAAGAGUAAUAAGUUGUGAUUAUCAUAAAAUUAUAAAUGAAUGCUAAAUUAAAGAAACUAAAAGGUUUAUGAAUGUGAUUUUAACAUUGAACUUGAAAUGGUGUAAAACAUGUAUCUGCUAUUAAAGAUCACUGAUGAUGUGUUGGAGGUAGAUAGUAGGUGAAAGGUUAGGGGUCAAAUGGGGAAAAACGGGAAAGCAGAGAUGACCAAGACCUUAUUAGGAGAUAGCUUGUUGGACAACUUACACGUGUCAGAGACAUGGGAGGAACAUUGAGCAACCCUGAGACAUUAGCCAAGACAUCAGGACAAAACGUCUCUAAGACAGUGAUGGAUAUGAGUUCAUCUGUCCAAACAGUUACCCAAUAAAGCACAGCUACAGUGUUAGCCAAUGAAAAUGCACCGAAAGCGGGUAUAAACCCUAUAUAAGGGGAGAGCAAAAGAGGAAUGUUUGGUUGGAUCCUCCAGGCAGCUUCGAGUCAAGACCGAGAUGGACAAAGAACUCUGCAGCUCAAGAAGAGCCGGGGCCACAGAGCCGAAGACUGUCCUGCACACAGGGACCAACCCAUCAGCCCCGCAACAUGUGGCUUCAAAUCGGACUUCUCUCAUCGGCUGGGUUCAGACUCCAAGGACAAAGAUGAAGACCAAGGCAAAGAUGAAGAUCAAGGCAAAGAUAAAGACCCAAGUCCGGUGUGACCUCACCAUCCAUGCAGAGAUGAAAUCUCAUCAGACCAACAGAGAUCCCUGCCUUCAUCAGUCAACCUCCUCCACCUGCUGCAACACCUUCUUCAUCAUCGAUCCAGUUCUGGGGUUCGAGACCAAACUCCGUCCGUCUCUCUAAAAGGUUCCCUUUUUAGUUCUUAGUAUCAGCGUUAGGGAAAGAUAGGCUAGAUGAUUGAUUUUACUUAUUUAAUUAUUUCUGCUACUUAAUUAAGCUGUACUGACCCUUGCAAAAAUGCCUUACUAAUAAAAUAUUUAACAUAAAGAAAAUCUAAAAGAUGUGGACAUUCAAUUAACGAGUCACCUCAAAGUUCUUUGAUGGUAGUAAAAUAGCUGUGAUGUUUGAUUCUGGGGAAGAAAAGUAGGAAAUGUUUUAUAGGUUGCUUUAGCCCAAAUUUAAAACAACAUCCUUGGGACUCGCCAGAGUCACUAAAACCAACCUGAUUCAGUAACAAGUGCAAGUUGCAAAAAAGAGAAGGAGCGACUGUUAACAGAUGUGCUCUGUGGAACUUGUUGGCUGUAUGCUGCUCAGUCUGGCUAAUUCGCAGGGGAAGAAGGGUGGGACAUCUGGAUGUAGGCCGUUAGUAGUCAGGUGAAUCCGGUCUCGAAACCAGCUUAAACAGAGUUUACUUCAGUUCUGAUAGGGUAAAUCCCAGCAGAUUUAGGAAACUCAAUUUACCCGUUAGAUGGAGAGCUGGUAGCACAUCUCCCCUCUCAGAAGAGGAAGUAGUGACUGAGAGAGUAGAGAGUGAGGGGUGAGAGGGGGGUGGGGAGGUGGGUGUAGCGGCAACGAAAAGUGGCGCCCGAACAGGGCGCCACAUGUUUCUGCUGCAGCUGAACUGCAAGCAGCUGCACAAACCUGACACAUGUAAAGUUUGUAAACGUGUCGAUAAAACACAUUACGUUAAGACCAAACCACAUCUACUCUAAAUCGCUUUCAUUCAGGUGUGAAUUUUUCAACAAAGAAAAAAAAGGUCCUCUGUAAAAAUGCGAACUUUCAAAGACUGUUUCCUGCACUUUUAUCAUAACUGAGCCAUGCAUUCUCAGGUUGUGUUUUGGGGUUGGUUUUGUUUUUGUCUGACUCAAUAUUCUUCAGCUUGUGUGUGAUAUGUAGCGGUCUGUCUUAACUCCAGGUUCUUCAUUUAGGAAUCGGCAUUCUGUGUUUUGUCGUCUCUUUUGUUGCAGUGAGUUUUUCCGCUCGCUCUGUUUUGUGCUUUUCUUUACACGAUCUGCUUCAGAAUGUGUUUCAGAAACAGCAACAAGCUUUUUGAUGUUGAUAGUUUACUGUCAAAUAGCCCUGGUUUCGUCAUGCAUUACAUUUUGUUUGUGAUGAUUCAUAUGAAUUGAGGUACCAAGGAGUUUCUAGAAUAUUCAGAAGAGUUUAACAAUAAUAUGGUACAGGCAAACUCCUUCCCUUACUGAUCAUAUGUUUUUGUUUGUUUUUUUUUCUCGUUUUUUUUAAACUGUUUUUGAUAACUUUUGUAUGCUACAUUUGUAUGUUGAUAUUGAUAAAGUUUUAUUUAUGAAAUAUAAUAUUUUUAACAAUCUUUUAUUCUGCCUGGUACUUGAAUUUCCUGAAUUUGCUUGUAAACUUCUGUGAUGAGGCUCCUGCAAAACAAGAUGGGGAAUAAAUCAACUGUAAUUUCCAGUUGCUAAAUAAAAACAUGGACAGAGUACUGUAUUGAAAAGUAAAUGUUUUAUUUGACAUUUCUCAUUUUAUUUUCCUCAGUUUUAGGAAAUUAAGGUGCUGUUUUAAGGGAGGUUUGCAGAGUAUCAGGGAGAAAUUUUCUUGUGCUGAUCAAAUGUCAAUAAAAUGAAUUCAAAAUGA